AUGGGUCCGUUAAUACCCGGUUUGCUGGACGAAGUAGCAGAGCUGUGCCUCACACGAAUCCCGCGCUCUGAGUUUCGGACCAUUUCGCAUGUGUGUUCGCGAUGGAGGAGACUCAUCAUGCGCGAGCAUUACGCGGCCAUUCUAAAGAUGUCUGGAUCGGUGGAGGAGCAGUUCAUGUGUGUUCUAAUGGAUAACAUGUACUGGGAAGUCUUUGACGGCUCUGGUAACACAAUGGGACAGAUCCCUCCCAUCCCUGGGCCUUUGAAGUGCGGUUACGGCCUCAUGGUGCUUGAUGGCAGAAAGAUCGUGUUGGUUGGUGGAAAAUACAAGGCCCGACGAUCGAAGGUCCGAGGAUUGAAGGUCCGACGAGCGUUUGAGGUCCGAGAACCUGCGUUCGCUAACGCUGUUUCGGCCAAUGUUCAUGAGUUCAAUCCAGCUACUAACAGGUGGAGAAAACUAGCCGACAUGAACAUACCGCGUCACAACUUUGCAUGUGCUGAAGUGGAAGGUCUUUUGUAUGUGAUCCGAGGCUACUCUGCAGAUGAUGUUAGCAUUCUCAACGCGGAAGUAUACAACCCUAAAACUAACAAAUGGAGCCUCAUGGAUUGUCCACACCGCCCCAACUUCUGUCCUGCCUUCGCAUUCUCCUUCAAUUCCAAACUCUUCGUUGUAGGCAAUAAAUCAAGGUUCAUUGACAUAUAUGACCCCAGAAAGAAGACAUGGGAAGAGUUAGACUCGGGGCAAACACUGGAUGUGUACUCCUACACUGUUGUUAGCAACAAAGUGUAUUUCCUGAACAGGUACAGGUCCGGAGUGGGAGUCUUUGAUCCAGAGAAGAAUUCUUGGAGCUCGGUGGAUGUGCCUAAGACUUUUUCCAGGUCCAGCCUAGGGCAAUUGAACAAUAAGGUUAUCCUUUAUUCACGGGGAAUUGGAUAUGGCCUUGAUAAAGAGGACAAGGCCAAGUGGAGAGCCACACCGAUUACAAUAUCUGGUUUUGAGGCCAUCAGCGUUGUUAUCAACUUUUGA